CGAUCACAGCGCCGAUUCUCGCCCUUAUACCCAAAUCACCGCCCAUACGCGAAAAUACAAAUCAUCCGCCGUCUUACAGUCGACAUUUCGACUGAUCAGCAAAAAUGUCGACGAUAACCGAGAUCGAGACCGACGCACAGUGGCAGCAGGUGCUCAGCUCUGCCCCUCCCUCAACGCUCCUCAUCGCCUCUUUCCACGCUCCCUGGGCGGCGCCAUGUGCUCAGAUGGCGACUGUUCUGUCGACACUUGCGUCCGAAUAUCCCGUUACCGAGCCUCCCAGUACGAAGUGGGUGUCCAUCAAUGCCGAAGAACUCAGUGAUAUCAGCGAGACCUACGACGUGACGGCAGUUCCCUUCCUGGUUCUGCUACGAAACGGUGAGGUUGUCGAGACCGUCAGUGGCAGCAGCGCCGUCAAGGUACGAACAGCCAUCGAGAAGCACGCAAAGAAGGACUCGGCCGCGGCAAAGGAUGCCGGCGCAACCAAUGGUGUUUCAAAGCCUGCAGAGGUCGCUGAGGUUGACCCGGCCAAGGCAAAGGAGGAGCUGUUCAAACGCCUCGGCGACCUGGUCAAGGCUGCUCCUGUCAUGCUCUUCAUGAAGGGCACUCCUAGCGCUCCUCAGUGUGGCUUCUCCCGACAGUUGGUUGGCAUCUUGCGCGACAACUCUGUUAAAUAUGGAUUUUUCAACAUCCUCGCCGACGACGACGUCAGACAGGGCCUCAAGGAAUAUGCCGAGUGGCCAACUUUCCCACAGCUGUGGAUCGAUGGCGAGCUUGUAGGCGGCUUGGAUAUUGUCAAGGAAGAACUCAGUAGCGAUACCGACUUUUUCAAGCCAUACAGCGUCGCUGUCGAAGCUACGUCAUAAAGGACAAAAAAAAAAAAAAAAAAAAAAAGGGUGCAGGCAACACCUUCUCGUCGAAUUUCUGUCUCUGGCACCUGGCGUACAAGCUUCUCGUCUGCGAUCAAUUUGGAGGAAAUCGAAGCCAACCGAUCACGGAAUAAUGACACAGCGAUAAUUACGACAAUCCGACUUCUGAAUUGCAGCAGGAUAUGUGCGAGGCCGUAUCAGAACGAGAGAGCAAGAGCAAAUUCAGCCUUUUGCAUGUUUGAAAGUCAUACAAGCGAGAUUGGGAUUCAGAAGUUAUUGUGGUUGCUGAGGGUUCUAUAAGCCGGAAUUAUAUGCGUGCGCGUCGAAGAGAAGGGGGGUAAUUUACCUGGGGUUGACUGCAUAUAUCGAGUUCGAUUAUUGCUGAGAAAAAAAGGGGGCAGAGGAGGAUACAAAAUUGCAAGGUAGCCUUGAAUAUCUAUGAAUAAAGUAAACAUAAAAAUACAAAUAGCAUCUGAACAAAGUGAAUGGCGGUUUUGAGGACUACCUGGUAGUGCGAGUGUCUGUCACAGGCCUUGUAUUGUGACCAUUUUGUUGAUAUUGGUACAAC